AUGGCUUGCGCACUACCAACAGAAUCAAAAAAAGUUUUAAAACAUGUUGAUUGGAUGUGGCAGUCGAAUCCAAAUCCGUGGUCAAAACAGGAGCCUGCUGUAUGGAGUAAUUAUUCAGAUGUGGAAAAUCUAAUUAUUGAAGAUGCAUAUUUAGAUAAAAAACCACGAGCCAUUUUAGAUAAUUAUUACAUUGAUUUUCAAAAGAAUCGUCAAGUAUCCAACACUGAUGGUCAUAAGAAAAGACCUGUUCAACGAGUUGAACGUAAAAGAGAAGACAAACAUUUAAGAAUAGCACGUUUUGUGGAUCUUCCUACUAUUUCAACACGUCCAUUCGGUGGUCGAUAUGGUUGGAUAUCACCAUUUAUAAUUGAAGUCCGAAGAGGUUUGGGCCUUAAACAUGAUGAAUUACCUUCGAAAAUGUCAAAUAUGAUUCCAAUGCUUGUUGAAGAAGCUGCUCGUGGUAUAAUUGAAGAAGGAAAAAAUCUUAAAAAAGAACGAGAAGCAGAAAAAAUUGCUAAUACGCUCAGAGAAAAAAAGAACGAAGACAUGAAAGAAGUAUGGAAAUGUUGUGCUUAUCUUUAUACGUUGGAAAGUUUUCUGUACAAAAAAUUGAAUGAAGUUAUGAAAUUAGUAGGAGACAAAGAUCACGAAGAUGUAUGGAGAAGUAAAAUUCGUACAUUAGGUCCUUUUUGUUUAUUACUUUGGGAUGAUCCAAUUAAUAUAGAAAGAAAAUUUGAUACGAUCAUUUACCGAGGAGCUGCAUUGAAACCUGACCAAAUUGCUACCUAUGAAAAAAUGGCCAAGGAUGAUGACAAUUGGGGAUCAUUUCAAGCUUUUUUAUCGUGUAGUCGAAAUCUCCAAAAAGCAGAAGAAUUCGGUAAUACUUUAUUUACUAUGAAAGUAAUUGGUGCUUUUACUGCUAAUCUUUCUGAAUUAUCUGAAUAUCCUGAUGAAGAAGAAGAACUUAUUACACCAGGUGGGGUUGGCCAAGAUCUUCCAAAAUUUCUGGAAAUAAAUGUGGAAACCUCGGAUUUAAGUCCAAGAGUUAUGUGUAUUUCAACAAGCGAAUUAGACAGAUGA